UCACUUUAUGUUACAGGCAUGAUCACUAUCAUUCGUCGUUUGGGAUUUUGCUUCUGUAUGACGCUGAUCGGCCGAAAAGGUAACAAUCCCAGAGCACCAUCAGAUCAAAUCAUAGCUGGUUGACCGAAAAUUCAAAGCAAAAGGCGCAAUUCCGUACCGAAGAAAGAGGUUGUUAGAGUAACUGAUUUAAAAGGAAUCCUGUAUUGACAUAUCAAAAGCCGAUGAGAGCAGAAUGGCAAAUGCAGACGACGGAACAAUGGGUAAAACUAAACGAGAAAAUUUAAGAAAGGUAAGGGAGCAGUUGCAAGACAUGGAUCCAGGGCAAGUUUUACUGAAGAUGUCAUCAAUCUGCAAUGAAGAAAACGUCCACUUAGUUUUUAAUGAACAAGACGAAGAAGAGAUACUAAGAGAUACGGAUCAGUUUAAGAGAUGUGAGAAGUUCCUAAAAGUUUUGCUUAGAAGGGGUGAUAGAGCCUAUGACAUAUUCCGGCAGGCGCUUGAAGAGAUUCAUCCACAUCUUAGAAAUAUUCUUCCAGAAGGUGAGGAUCUUGAUGAAAGACUACUCUUUUCGAGAAUCAUCCGAGCUAAUGAACAAUUCUCUUGGGCCAUCAGAGACCCUGGUGUUUGGAUUAUAUUUUCUUCGAUACAUGUGUCGGGACCUAAGCGGGUCAAGUGUUUGAAAUGGCCGGAUUGCGAUAUUAAGGAUCGUCUUGAGGAACAAGAGUGCCUGGUCAGCCGCGCCAUAGAGCUUCGCUGUGACGAUUCCGGCGAAAAUUUCAAUGACCUAACGGCUACUAUAGCCUUGUUUCACAACGUUUCUACCUUGAGAAGUGGACAGGAGAUAAUAAUAAAGGAAUUGGUCAACUAUAAAGAAAAGGGAAAGAAGCCGGUGUGGAAAGAUUUGGAAACAACAUGCAGUUCGCGCCAAUCAGGAUACGUUGUUUUGCGCCAAGUAAUAGCUAAUAAUCUGGCUGACACCUACAAAACAGAACGAGGACAGGAGAUAAUAAUAAAGGAAUUGGUCAACUAUAAAGAAAAGGGAAAGAAGCCGGUGUGGAAAGAUUUGGAAACAACAUGCACUUCGCGCCAAUCAGAUUUUUUAUGCAACAGCUGCAGCUGGUUGGGUAACUCUCCAUUUGCUCAGGCCACGAUAAAUAAUUUUGCCGUGUACGCUGUGGUUCGCCGUCUUAAAGCUAACAAAUUUUCAACCAGUGCAAAACAGACUGAAUUCAAAGUUCAAGAUUAUCCCGAUGUCAGUGUCACAAUUCCCCAGCCAUAUAACGGUUUGUCAUUGACAAUUAAGGUCCAUCAACUUGAAGAUGAUAAAGGUGAAGAAGGCAUUAUUUUGAGUCCCGUUGUACAUUUAAAAAGCUCACAAGAAGUAAAGCGCGCCACAGUAACGAUACCUAUUGCUUUGUGCAAAGACCAGAGAAAUGUGGAGGAUAUGCUGCGCAGCGCUUCGCUUGAAGUAUAUGGCUAUGACAAGUCACAGAAAUACUGGGACGAUAUUACAAGCAAACUACGCUCAGAACUAAAGUGGGUGAAGAACGUUUGUUCUUUCAAAGUUCACCUCAAGAAGGACAUGAGGCUUCAUCUGCGGAUGAAAUUGUCCGAACAACCUACUGGUCCCAAUCUAAAUAGUCCAGCAUGCUUUGAUGUUCAUCCUGUAGAAUUCCACGCUCGCUUGUAUAAGCUAGGAAACGACAAAAAAUUGGUUCUAUGUUGUUUCCCAAGUUAUGUUAACAUGGAGAGUGCAAUGAGUCUUUUAAACUCUCCAUACCCUGAGGUGGAGAUGGAAAAGAUUUUUGAAGGUGAAGCGAUGUCAAAUGUAUCUCUCAGCAACGAUGUUGAUCUCGAUGUCACCUUUUCUCUUUCACAUCAACUCAAGUAUAAACAAGGAGAGGAAAAACUUGAAAUUAAAAGGCAUGGUCCGACGCAGAUAGUGCUUGAUGUAGAGUUUGAAGAAGAUCAGAGUCAGUUACAGAAUCUUCAAGUGACAUUCUUGAAAAGCGAAAGAGAAUUGUGCAAAUGUUCACUUUCGAGGUGUGAGCCACCACAGCAUCAGAAACGGAUGCCUUCAACUUCACAUGGCGGAAAUGCUAGCAACCGCGAUGUGUCCGGAGAGCCCAAUUUGAUGAACUUUCCCUUUAAAACUGAGUUUAUCACAGCAGUACAAGGCGAUUUAAGAAACUGCUAUAGGAAACUUGGAUCAGCACUUGGUUUGGACGAAAAAACUCUCGAUGACAUUCGUUUAGAAUGCGGACCCGGUGAAGAGAUGACGACACAUGCCCUUCACAUCUGGAUGUUUAGGAAGAGUCACGCUACCGUAGGAGGCCUAGUACACAUCCUCAUAAAUAUGGGGGAGAAAGCGAUUGCAAACCGGCUGAUUGAAGCGGCGGAGACUGUGUUAGAGGAAGAUUCUGAUCAUCGAAGGGAAAAGUUCAAGUUAAAGUAACAGAUGAAAUCCACCGACAAAGAUAUCAUAAAUGUCCCAAGUAUCCAAGGAGGAGAGCACUUCAAUGAUUUUCCUUAUCACCCCUUUAACGGAGAUGUGCUUUUUUUCUCGCUGUGCGGGGGUCAAUGGCCGUAGAGGCUCGGCCUGAUUUACGAAAAGGAACAGGCGAAGUUGGGUAGCUAAAACUGUUGCCAAAAUAUUUUUCGCACCUUGCCUAUGACGUUUCUAACUUUGACUAUGCUUUAAGAUCUAAUAAUUCUUGUGUUAACAACUAUUUGAGAUAUUAAUCUGCUGCCAGGGGUAACUGUUCCCACCACUUCUUCUUGCGUCACCAAAAGCGUGCUAGUCGUGUACUCCUUGAUGCUGACUUCUCUUAGGCUUCUAUAUUUAAUUCUAAACUAAGGUGGAUCCCCGUUUUUUAACUCAUUAAAUAUAGGAAAAGUUUUCUCUUCUUAAAUGUAAUCUUUAAUCCAAACGCUCCCAAUUGCCUCAGGAACAGAUUUCAAUUUCUUUCUAAUUCACGUGGACCUUUGGGGAGUUUUAUAAAAGCUUCUCCCUUUGACUUAAAGGUGCCAUACCCACUUAGCAACUCUGGGAAACGCACACUUGCCUUAAGCGCUACUAAACUUUACAGUAAUCUUAGCUGCGACCUGAGAGAGUUCUCCAAUUCUUCUUCUCCGCUCACAAAUAAAGUUCCUCUAUCUUCUCUUAAGUCUAAACUACCAAGAUAAUUACUUUCACGACUAUCCACGGCUGGGCACUUGGAGGAUCUCCCGUGCUCGAUUGCCGCUACUCUACUCAUUCUUAGUAGUUGUUUUUCAUAGUGCCAACCACUCCCCCAGUCGAGUAUUUUAUACAUAUUUUACCCUCUCUCGUAUCGUUACAAUGUUAUUGCUUGUUAAUAGCUUAUUCUGCAGAACCAUUUUCUGCUCUUUCACGUGAUUUUGUGUCUAGUUUAUUAGUCGUCACCUGUAAUUACGUAAUCACUAGCAUCUCGAUCUUAGUUAA